AUGGUGCUGAUAUUUUUUUUUCCUCCUAAAAAAAAGAUGUCAGCUCCUGGCUGUAGUAUUCCUCUUUAAAAUCCUUCUCUGAAAAUGUCAUGUCCCAACAAUGUGACUCCUAACUCGUUUUUGAUGGACUCGUUGGCUGGUACCUGCCGGGGAGAGAAUUAUUCCUCUAAUCAAGGAAUGUACAUGCAGUCGGCGAACGACUUCAACUGUGGAAUGAUGAGGAACUGUGGGAUCAUCCCGGCUCUUUCCAAAAGAGACGAGGUGAACCACGCCGGCGGGCUGUCCCUCAACACCUACCCGCCUUACCUGUCUCAGCUAGAUGCCUGGUGUGACCCUAAAAAUACUUACCGAAUCGAGCAACCUGUUGCAAGGCAGCUGCCCUCCUGCUCCUUCCCGACCAGUGUCAAGGAAGAAAAUGCUUGUUGCAUGUACAACGCCGAGAAAAGGGCGAAAAGCGCCCCCGAGGCCACCCUCUACCCCGGGCAGAUGCCUGAAGCUUGCCUCGCUGAUCAGGAGGUGCCCCUGCCUAGCUACUACCGCGCCACCCCAGGCUAUUCCUCCCUGGAGAAGGCGCCCAGCAGCGGCAGCCCCAGCGCCUACGAGGCCGGUUUUGAACCCAGGGCGGGUCUCAGCCAAGCCAGCGAGAGACGGGAGCAGCCCCCGGGCCCACCGCCGCCGGCUCCUGCCGCCCCGCAACAGCCCCAGCCGCCGCCCGAGCGGCCACCCCCACCUCCACCUCCGACAUCCGCCUCCCUCGCCCAGCCGGGAGCCGGGAGCUUCCCCGAAAGCGCCAAGCCGGACCUCAACCUGCAGAACAGCCCGGCUGGCGACGUUAAGACGGAGAAGAAUCUCCCCGUGGCCAAACCCAGCCCGUCGGAAACGGAGCAAAGCGGGCAGAAAUGUGCCGAGAGCAGCAGUGACAAUUCGGACCACGAGGCAAAAGAGGAUAUAAAGGCAGAAAACACGACAGGAAAUUGGCUGACAGCAAAGAGCGGAAGAAAGAAAAGAUGCCCUUACACUAAACAUCAGACGUUGGAACUGGAGAAGGAAUUCUUAUUCAAUAUGUACUUGACCCGCGAGCGCCGCCUGGAGAUUAGCAAGAGUAUUAAUCUAACAGACAGACAAGUCAAAAUCUGGUUUCAGAACCGCAGGAUGAAACUCAAGAAAAUGAACAGAGAGAACCGAAUUCGGGAACUGACUUCCAAUUUUAAUUUCACUUGAACGUGUUCAGAGGAAGGAAGGGAUGGGCUAUAUGGGGAGAAUCAUUGCAAAUCUUGUGCAGUAUUUUUUUUUAAUUAUUAUCAUUAUUAUUUUUUCCCCUCACCCCACCCCCUGGACAUCAUUGCAAGGAGCAUAGGAGGGAGGACGGGGAGGGAGGGAAAGGAAGAGACCUCAGGCUAAGUGUUAAAUUCUAUAAUUUGGAUAUUUACAGAUUAUAGAGCGGAGAUGCAUUCAUCAGUAUGAGCAUGUGAAUAUAUAUAUAUAUAUAUAUAUA